AGUUUUGGUUCAGAUCUCGGCGAAACCAAGGCUUUUGGUUCCCCAGUUGACAAAAAAGUAUUCUUAAAAAAUCAAAAAUAGACAAAAAAUCGUUCACAAACAUUGGUGCCUUGUUCAAUAGCCCAAUUAAUGUUAUCAAACCAAAUAGACGACCGAUUCGUUAUAGGGAAUGUGGAACUAUCUCAAAUCACAAUCAUCGGACUAAUAAAGAACGUAAAGGAGUCCCCUUCCCGAGUUGAUUAUGACUUGGACGACCACAGCGGAUACUCAAUUCAAGUCAAACUAUUUGUGGAUAUCGAGGUACCUUCCAAUCCCCCAAAACAGGACAAUAUAUCCACUCUUCAUCACGAGGGACAAUAUGUGAGAGUUUUUGGCAAUAUUCGUUCAUUUUCCUCUUUGAAGAGUGUGGUGGCCUUCAGGAUUGUGCCUGUUGUGGAUAUUAAUGAGAUCACUAUGCACAUUGCUGAAGUCAUUCACUCCCAUAUGUCUCUCAGUCGUCCCCCUAAGGAGGUCACCUCUAAGAAGAUGGCUGUCAAGUCUAAUGAGUCGUUUGUCCAUGGAGGGCUCAGUGUUCUUCAACAGCAGGUCAUGGAGGCCAUUCGGAACAACAAGGAUGAGCAAGGAAUACAUAUUAGUGCAUUGCAGAGGCAGUUGAGGGGUGUGGGGACCAGUUCAUUGAGAGUUGAUCUUCUGAGUGAGGAGGGAUACAUUUACUCGACUAUUGAUGAACAUCACUUUAAAACUACUGAUUGUUGA